UGUAUAAUUUUGUUCGCUAAUUGUGUUCGCAUCAUUGAUUUGUUGCUUGCGAAAGAAAGGAAUUCCAACACAUUGUGUGUAUGUGGAGUAAGCAAAAAACAUAAUGUGCAACGUAAAGCCGUAAAGUACAUUUUGAAGCACAAAGAAUUACAGACAUCGACGUUAAGCAACAAAAAGAAAACAGACGAAGCGAUGGUUGGUGCUGUGAAACGCAAUUCAGUCGCGAUCGAUGCAUAAAUCGCGUUAGUUUAUUAAAAGAGUUUGGUUGUGCAUUGUGGCACAAUAGAGAACAAAUUGUUUAUUUUCUUCAGAAUUGUCGUCAGUUGAAAGUGUACGAAAAAAAAAAUUUGUCCAAUUCAAUUUUACUGCUACUAAUUUUAGUAUCGAGAAAAGAAAAAGUUUGAAAAAAUAGUGAAAAAAAAAGAGAAAAUGUCCAACAAAAGUAGUCCCAGUCAUGAAUCAAAUAUGGUUCCAUCGAGUUCACGGUCAACGCUGUUGACCGAAGAAACGAUCUCACGGGAUUUCAGUUUGGCCAGUUUAGCAUCGGCUGGCACAAUUAGCCAACAGGAUGAAUACUUUCAUUGUGACAAUCAUGCAGCGACCGUUUUACACAACAUGCAAACCUAUUUGGACAAUGAACAGCUCUGUGAUGUUAUAUUGAUAUCGGGCAUCGACAAAAAAAGAGUUCCAGCUCAUCGAAUCGUACUUUCGGCGUCAAGUGCAUAUUUUGCGGCAAUGUUCAUGGGCUCGCUACGGGAAUCUAAAGAAGAGGAAAUUACAUUGGGCGAUGUGCACAGUGAACCAUUGCAAGUGAUUGUAAGAUAUUGCUACACGGGUACAAUUGAAUUACGCGAAGAUAAUGUUGAAAAUUUAUUGGCUACCGCAUGUUUAUUGCAACUAUCUUCAGUUGUCAAUGCCUGUUCGAAUUUCUUAUCAAAACAAUUGCAUCCAUCAAAUUGUUUGGGAUUCGCUUUAUUUGCCGAACAACAAUCAUGCCAUGAAUUAUUUAAACUUUCAACAUCGUACACAUCCACACAUUUUAUGCAAGUUUGUAAGAAUCAAGAAUUUUAUCAAUUGAACGUUGAACAAUUGGCAACGUUGUUAAAAAGUGAUGAUCUCAAUGUGUCCACCGAACAAGAUGUGUUCCAUGCUCUGAUCGCUUGGAUACAAUACGAUUUUGAAGCUCGUGAAAAAUAUAUUCCAGAACUUUUGGGAUUGAUUCGACUUCCAUUGCUUUCACCUGCGUUUAUUGCUGACUAUGUGGAAUCGUUGUGCGCUUCAAGUGAGUGUCAACAGCUUGUGAUGGAAGCACUUAAAUGGCAUUUGAUGCCUGAACGACGUGCUCAAAUUUCAUCCGAUCGAACAAGACCGAGAAAAUCGACGAUGGGUCGCUUAUUGGCAAUCGGCGGUGUAGAUGCACAUCGCGGUUCCAUCAGUAUUGAAUCGUUUUGUCCCCGAUUGAACAGAUGGACAAUGUUAAAACACUUGACGACAGGACGACGACUACAAUUUGGGGUUGCAUUAAUGGAUGACAAAUUGAUCAUUUGUGGAGGCAGAGAUGGGCUGAAAACUUUGAAUUCAGUUGAUUGUUUGGAUUUGAAUACAAUGACGUGGGGUCAAUUGGGAUCAAUGAUGACACAUCGCCAUGGAUUAGGGGUGGUCGUCCUCGAAGGUCCAUUGUACUGCGUUGGUGGUCACGAUGGAUGGUCCUACUUAAAUACAGUUGAAAGAUGGGAUCCGAAUGCUCGAACUUGGUCGAACGUUGCCGCGAUGUCAUUUAUGCGUUCAACAGCCGGAGUUGCUGUUCUAAAUAGUCGCUUGUAUGCGUUGGGUGGAAGGGAUGGCUCAUCAUGCCACCGUUCGGUCGAAAGUUAUGAUCCUCAUACAAACAAAUGGACACUAAAAGCUCCAAUGAAUCGUCGACGAAGUGGCGUUGCGGUUGGCGUAUUGAAUGGUUUCUUGUACGCAUUAGGUGGCCUCGAUUCCCCUGCUAGCAAUCCAUCGGUGUGCCGAACUGAAACAGUCGAACGAUAUGACCCACAAACUGAUUCAUGGACUAUGAUUGCAUCAUUGAGCAUUGGACGAGAUUCGAUUGGCGUUGCUCUCUUGGGUGACACUCUCUUUGCAGUUGGGGGAUACGAUGGCCAACAAUACCUGAAAACGGUUGAAAAAUAUGAUGCCGAAAAGAAUGAAUGGUCAGAAGCGGCUCCAUUAAAUUUGUCUCGUGCAGCAGCUGCUGUUAUAGCUGUGCCAAAUCUACUAACUACGACCACCGUAUCAACGAGAAAAGUUUGGCGGCCAGUACGUGUCAACUUCAGCUAUAGAAAUAGUGACUACAUCAAUUAUUGUAUUUGAAAUUCGUUUGAAAUGCACAAUAAGACGGUAACGAGUACUUGCUCGAAGACAAAUCGCGCUGUGAUUUCGACAUAAUCGAGUUUAGCAUUAAAAUUUGUUUUCCAAGUUGCUCAAACAUUUCGAUGAAAUCGUUAAAUUGAAACAGACAUCACAAUGUAGUUAGUUAUACAGUAUUUUUCUAUACAAUCAAAUUUUUGUAAGUGUGUUUAUUGAACGAAAUUUAAUAAAGAUUUAAAUCGAAAAACAUU